AUGACAAUACCACACCCCACCAUCCCAACAUCAACACUAAAAGCCCACUCUCCAACCCUCACAAAACUUCUCAAAGCCCGUCCGGCUCCAAUACGAGAGACUGCUCUGCUUGCUGCUGCAACAUCUCCUACAAAACCGGUUAAACCGCCAGCGGGAGAUUGCUGCGGCAGUAGUUGUGAUCCUUGCGUUAUGGAUUUGUAUGCGCAAGAGUUGAAGGUGUGGAAGGAGUGUGUAGGGCUGAGAGGUGCAGUGGAUAAGGAGAGUGAUAAGAGCAAAGACAUUGCUACAGAGGUCGAGGACUGUAAAGUCCCUGGGGCUUUCGAGUGGUGA